AACGGGGUUGAUUUUAGGCCCCCACGACGUCGGACCGGUUCGUUUGUCUCAACCCUGUGAGUGCAGCCUCCGCGUCAGCCAGAUUAAUAUUGAUUGGCUCAAGAACAAGUUGAACGCAGCUUUCAUUGAGCAGGAGCCGGGCUAGUGCACUUUGGGUGCGCGCCUGCAACAGCAGUUGCCCUCCUUGACAAGGGUUGUAAAGCGUUAGAGGCACGGGCGCCUGUCGAUUUGCCAACCUCCGAUUAUAUCAGUUUGAGGGGGUCGAGGCCUUUUUAUUUCAACCAUGCCUCAGCCUCCUUCGUCGCAAUCGGAAGUACUAGUCAUACAAACACAGGCUGGGCUAUGCAACAGAAAUGAGUGGGAACAUUGUUCAAGUCGAAGGCCCUCCGCCUUCUCCUGGAGCCUCAUCUGCACCACAUGUUGCUCUUGCUCAUGACGACGAUGAUAGCGAAGUCACGAGCGCUCUUGUCCGUCCUGAUACCAAUGACGACGAUCCAACACGAAAAGCUGAACGUGAUACUGUAACGAAUGAGAUUACGACCGCGGAGCAGGAACAGGCAAAGAACGACCCAGACGAGAUCUCGAACAAGAUCGAAGCCAGCGAUCUUACUACGAAAGGGCAUAAAGGAGACGGCUCACGACGCUCGACAAAGCGUGGGAGCGCACGAAAAAAUUCUAACGUUGCUGUUGGUCCCCCGCGGCUUCGGUCUCGGGCAUCAAGGUUCGCUGGAUUGCUUCGCCUUCACGACCGAGUGAAGGAACUCGAGAACCGUGCCAGUAAAGGCAAGAAUCGAAAGAGGCGUGGUUCUGCUUCUUCAUCGGGCAGCGGCAGUGGUAGCAGCAGCAGCAGCGGCAGCAGGAGCAGCAGCCUUGAUCGGGGAUCUGAGGAUGGGGAUACAUUUGAUAACCGUCGCCCGAUUGCCGAAGUCAAAGAGUGUGAUUGGGAGCAAUUUAAGAACCGUUUCGGCCCUCAGGAUGUAUAUUAUGCUGUCGAAUAUUUCAUUUCUGGUGAGAAAUGGAGAGACGAAGUCGCGCAUGAAGAGAGAAGACGUGACCUUGCGGCGCAAAGGGCUCGGUACAAGGUGUUUGAUGAGAAAAUUGACAGUGGACCGUCUAGAAGGAAGAUGCGACUCGACAAGGACUGGGGUGAGAUGAUGCAGAACAACGAUGCAAAGAAAGACACCGAGAAACGAUGGAUCCAGAGAAUCCGGGUCAAUUCUGUUCCGGUACUGAAGAGACUGGGGCGGGUUGCUGGAGAGACAUGGACAGGUUCGCCGAGAACAUUCUUCAGACCUUUCAGAAAGUUGAUUCAUUAUCAUGAUAAGAUGAAGGAGGAAUUGCAGACUCUCGAAAGCAUACUUGCGGCCAAAAGCAAACCUCUUGACCUUUUAGCGAAAGAACAAGAAACCCCCGACCGCGCCAACAACGGAGCAGCCAAUGACGUUUCCAUCGCAGUCGAAAAUACCACAAACUCGGACGAUCCUACGACCCCUGAAAAUACAGCGGCUGCUUCUCCUGGGGUCGAAAAGGCAGUAGAACCCCAGAAAGAUGACAUCAAUCGCACCAACACGCAGCUGAGCGAAGUAGUUGACGACCCACCACAUUCAGAGACGCAAAGGUUAGAACAGGAGAUGAACAGUAAGGAGGCUCUUCAAGAUCUGAAAUGUUUCGUCAGGUUCGUCGAUGAGAAAAUCAUGCCACUCUACCACCAAUUCGAUAAUCCAGAGAAUGUCAACUCUCAUAAGAUCCGUUUCGAUGAUCUCUGGUAUCUGUUUCGAGUUGGAGAUCCUAUCUAUGUCCCUAAUACAACCAAGCACGAUACUCAAGCAAAUUCAGACGCGAAGCAACCUUCAGUGGAUCAAAGGAUUUGGCGACUCUUUUCUCAAUACCCACCAAGCAUCAGACACAAGAUUACAGGGGCGAGAGAAAUUAGGAGGCCACCUCCUCCUCCUCCUGGUGUCCCUCCCGGUGCUCCUAAUCCACCUCUUCCACCGCCAGUACGAAACGACAUCCCAAGAUUAUGGUGUUAUUACAUUGAUUACGACGGAGGAAGAUAUUGUCCGGUCAUCAGAGAAUUCAGUAUCGCGUACUUCACGGGCGAGAAGUCCAUCCAGGAACUCGAGAUCUACCCUCUUCGUUUUGCACCUGAUUCGGAGGAAAUAAUACAAGAGUACCAAACCCUAGGCCAAAACUUUGUCCAAUACCUUACACAACGGCCUCUGGCAUACAACAACUGGACGCUCAUCGCAGACCCGAGGGGUGGCCCAAUCAAUAAUUCGAAUGGCGAUCCGAUCAAGCAUCCAGAGUAUAUUGAUAGCGACAUGAUUGUAGAUUUCAAAGAAGCGUUCCAGACGUAUCCGCCAUGGCGCCCACCGAUCCAAUUCAAUACCAUGGCACCUCGCAGGAUAUCGGCGGUGGAGCCAGAACAGUUUCACAUGAUUCGAUGGUCGGACAGUAACUGCAUGGAAAGCCUUUCUAAGUUAAUUGAAUUUGUGCUAGAAGAUGACGAUAUCGAUUACAUCCAACGGAAUGCGAAUUUGGAGAAAGAUCCUUACCUUCGGCGGGGUGCAGCUAAAAUAUUUAACGACGAAGAUUAUCUUUUGCUGCCCCGAAGAUUGUUUGCCUACGCUCUCCGCGAGCGAAGAUUCGUGCAUGUUGAUGUACAGUUCCUGAAGCCUAUUGCUGAGCAUCUCGAUGGGUUUCAGAGUCUAAAGGUAGAUCCUGGCCACAAGAAAAUGAUUCAAUCGCUUGUAAGCUUUCAUUUCAAGAAGAAAGACGUCGAGAAGAAAGGAGCGGAGAUUGGAAGUCAAGAUUUCAUCAGGGGCAAGGGCAGAGGAGUGGUUAUCUUACUCCAUGGCGUCCCUGGCGUUGGAAAGACUGCCACUGCUGAGGCAGUUGCUCAGGCAAACAAAAAACCACUGUUCCCGAUUACUUGUGGCGACCUGGGAUUCACACCCGAGAGUGUGGAAACGAGCUUGAGUGAAAUAUUCAGGUUGGCACACCUGUGGGACUGUGUUCUAUUGUUGGACGAGGCGGACAUCUUCUUGAGUCAAAGGACGAAAGAUGAUCUACAGCGCAAUGCUUUAGUCUCUGUGUUCCUCCGUAUUCUGGAAUACUUCAACGGCAUUCUCUUCCUGACCACCAACCGGCCUGGAACGCUAGAUGAAGCCGUGAAGUCUCGAGUCCACAUGUCUCUUUAUUACAGUUCCCUGGGCGAACUCGAAACAGAGGAAAUCUUCCGUCUAAACCUUAGCCGCCUCAAAGAGAUUGAAGAACAACGCGCCAACGUUUCUGGAGAAGAGAAACUCUUCAUCUUCGAUGCUGAAAUCAUUGAAUUCGCGAAGCAACAUUACCGAAAGCAUGUUAGUGGACCUGGAAGAUGGAAUGGUAGACAGAUCAGGAACGCAUUUCAGAUUGCAUCAUCACUCGCGCACUAUGACGGUGAUGCUCAUCCUGGAGCUCAGAAACAACUCAGAGCAAAGCAUUUUGAAAUAGUUGAUGAAGCAACCACGAUGUACGAUCAGUAUCGCGCGGAAAUCUCUGGUAAACAGGAAGGCGAGUUGGCGCAUGAAAGGGAAGAGAGGUUCGAUGAAUUUCGGAAUGCUGAGAGGGAACGAGGAAAACAAGCUUCGUUUUAUGGGGAAGAGAAGAGAUAUCAAAGCGGAAGCUACGGAGGCGAGCAUGGUUACCCCCAGCCAUCAAGCCAAUUCCAAGCCCCCGGCCCAAUGACCGGAUACAGUCAAGGAGCACCAGCCCAGACUCAAGGCCCUCCGCCUCAGAAUAUGAGUGGGAUGCAAUACUCUUCUCAGACUCCACCCUCCCAGAGAAUUGGUCUGCCAAUACCACAUAGUGGAGCACAACAGCAGCAAAGUAGCGGAUAUCCCAUCCCUGGCUACGGUACCUCCGGAGGGCAAUUGCAUCCUAUGCAACAACAGGUCUUACCCACCCCGCAAGAACAUCACCAGCAACCACCCAAUGCUUACGGACAAGCUGCCUCUGGGCCUCCUUUGGAUCCAAGAUAUGGAACGCCGAACCAAGGAUAUCCUGAGUAUGGGAGUGGACCAAGUUCUUCGGGCACGGGCCAGACCCAAGCUGCAUCACCAUUCGCUGGGAGGGGCCCAUACGAUCCAUUGCGGGAUGUUUUUGCCCCUGGUCCUUAGAUAGAUGUCGUAUGCUUGUACGUACUGUUAUGUGGGAAACGUCACUGUUACUGUUGAUCAAGCAAUCUCAGCUCUUCCUUCUAUAAUUCAUCUCUGGAAAGGGGCUUUAGCGAGCACAGCUUCCUAGCGUAAAUAGGGAUCUGUAGCCAUAUUCUACUUUUACAUCACUAGUCAAUAUCUCGUCUCGAUGAAAGUGUCAUUCGUGCAUG